AACUACAGAAGCAACAUACAUUUUGUGCAGAAGAUAAGCACCAUUUUUUUAAGUGUUUGUAAAAAAGACCUGAAUAAAGAUACUCAUAAACGUGUGUACGUAUUUUAAUUUUUCUUUAGACCGACAGAAUUCACUUUGAGAAGGAAAUUGCUUGAGUGUGACAUUGCUUGCGUAACAGAAAUUGCGUGAACGACUAUCACGGAAGUCUAGAAACGUGCUGUUGUCGUUUCUUAUUAACGGGACAAAAAGAAAAAGGACGCAAAUUAUAUUAACGGAUCCAAAAUCAUAACCGAUCGGGAUCAUUGUAUUAUUAACUUUUCAGAAGUUAAUUAUGGCUACCGAGGGAGACCCAACUGACUUUGUGAAAGUGCUUCACCUUCUGGUGAUUUCCUUCACCUGGGGAAUGCAGGUGUGGGUGUCUUUCAUAGCAGGUUUUGUGCUGAUUUCCCAGGUAUCAAUGCACACAUUUGGUCUUGUGCAAAGCAAGUUAUUCCCAUUUUAUUUCUACUGUCUGCUGGGUGCUAAUGCAGUCAAUCUGGCCAUAUAUGCUGUGUACCACCCCAGAGAACUGCUGGACUGGCACGAGGGCAUACAGAUGAUUUUGUUCUUUGUGGCGGUGAUCAUGGCCGGUCUGAACGCGCAGUGGUUUGGUCCGUCUGCCACCGAGUGCAUGCUGGUCAUGCAGGAGAUCGAGAAGGAGCACGGUCUGGGGGAUCAGGUGGGUAUGAGCUCCAAUAAGGAAGGAUACGCCAAACUCCGUGAACAGGACCCAAAAUACAAGGAGCACAGGACCACCUUCUACCGCUACCAUGGUCUGUCAAACCUCUGCAACCUUACAGGCUUUUUCUCCACUACCAUCAAUCUCAUUUACCUGGCCCUCCAUUUGGGAACUAUAUGAGUGUGUUUAUGAGAGAGAGUCCAGUCAGACAGGUGUUUCUAGAGAACUAUCCUAUCUAUGUUCUCGUUUUCUGUCAGAAUUUUUUGUAUAACAAUAAUGCUUCUAGUUUUUAUACAGCGAG